GUCUCUGUUAUCAACUCUUCAAAGGGAAAAGAACAGAUAAAAUGAGUUCAGUUGUAGCGACGGGCAAGAACUGCCAUGGAUGGGCGGCGAGAGACGAGUCGGGAUUUCUCUCUCCUUACGAGUUCAGUCGCAGAGCGGUCGGGAGCGAGGAUGUCUCGGUGAAAAUUACUCAUUGCGGCGUUUGCUAUGCGGAUGGAUGUACACUACACUCGCAACAAAGUUAACACUCCAAAUAUCCCGUGGUCCCAGGGCAUGAGAUCGUGGGGAUCAUAACAGAAGUGGGUAGAGACGUCGGCAAGUUUAAGAUCGGAGACCAUGUGGGUGUCGGAACUUAUGUCGACACGUGCAGAGAUUGCGAGAACUGUGAUGGCGGACUAGAAAUGCAUUGUUUGAAAGGUGGAGUUCCUACGAUCGGCGGCACUUAUGCAGAUGGCAGCACUUGCAAGGGAGGAUACUCGCAGUUCAUAGUCGUUCAUGAGAGGUAUUGCUACAAGAUACCUGACAAAUAUCCAUUAGCUCAAGCAGCACCCUUGUUGUGUGCCGGGAUCACGGUCUACACUCCGAUGAUCCGGCACAACAUGAAUCAGCCUGGAAAAUCAUUAGGAGUGAUCGGGCUCAGCGGGCUCGGCCACUUGACCGUGAAGUUUGGCAAGGCUUUCGGAUUGAACGUCACUGUUUUCAGCACAAGCGCUUCCAAGAAAGACGAUGCCUUGAACCUGCUGAAAGCAGACAACUUCGUGCUCUCAUCUGACAAAGAACAAAUGAGCGCUCUGUCGAAAUCGCUAGACUUCAUAGUAGACACUGCAUCAGGAGAUCACCCUUUGGAUCUGUACAUGUCAUUGCUCAAGGCAGGAGGAGUUUUGGCUUUGGUGGGCUUCCCAGGCGAGGAACUGAAACUUAGUCCCCUGAGUCUUCUCAUGGAUAUGAGGAGUAUUUCUGGAAGCACAGUCGGUGGUACCAAGCGAACGCAGGAGAUGCUCGAGUUUUGCGCCGAACAUGAGAUACAUCCCGAGAUUGAAGUGAUUCCUAUUCAGUACUCGAACGAAGCUCUUGAGAGGCUUCAAAAGAAUGGCGUGAAGUACCGCUUUGUGAUAGACAUCGAGAACUCCUUAGAGUGAAUUCCACUAAUGAAGGAACUUCAGGAAGAAUAACGACAUGUCGUGACCACAAAAUCUUGAAGAAAUGGACCCUACAAUAAUUUCUAAUUAUUUGUUAUUUAUCUUUUUUUACCAAUAUAAGCUGUUGAUCUCAUAGUAAAUUAAGGACAGUCCCAUAAGCAUUUCUCUUUGUUCUAUAAGAACUCUAUCUUUAUAUAAGUGCCAACGACUCUCUUUACGGAAUACAAUUAGUGCGGCAAUAAGUGGAAAGUAUGUUCUUUGUCCA